AUGACGGGCAUAGGGCUCCAGAGGAGGCUUUGGCUGUGCUUCCUGGGUGUCAGCUUCCUGCCAGUCAUCUACAUCAUCUUUCUGAGCCUUGAGCUCACCAUGCCCUGGCGCAUGGUCGACCUGAACCUGGCGCAAUUCCCUGGUAUUGGGUACACACGGGAACCAAACAGGUAAACAAACAACGAUGCAACAAUCGAAAACUCUGGUGGGGAAAAUGUAACACUACUAACCAUGUUUCCAUUCACAGUUUUUAUGUGAGUAAAGUCAUACCGUAUAAAAAAUUAAUCACGACAGCUGUGACAGAAACAGGAACUUUCGGUACAAUUUUUAUAAAUGCUGACAGAUCAUUUGUUCAUUUGACAUGGUGGGAUCUUUUUGUGUCUGUAAAAUUAAUUAUGAGAGAAAAUUUAAGAACCAUCAUAUGGAAAUUUGGGACAACAUGCAGUUGAUUAGGCUACAGAUUAAAUAAUUUAUGAUGAACUUCACAGGGUGGUGAAAGUGCACGACCUUAAUGCUCCUUUCCAAUAAAUAUCGAGGGUCUUAUUCUGGUGACAUGAUCGACGCUUGACUGCCGUUUGACAAAUUUAAAAUAUUCUCGCACUUAUCCAUAAUAAUCUCAUGUAGACUAGUUUACCCGCACUGUGUCUGCCAGCUGUUGGCUAGAGUGACGGUGCCAAGACCGGAGUAGGCACGUUUUGCUAUUUAACGCAACAGUUUUUGUGACAACUAUCGGUAGUUGAAAAUGAGGUACAUGAGGAAAAGUACAUUUUGGGUGCACUAUGUCAUCACGCACUGAUUUUUUAUCCACAACAAGUCAGUUUGGUGGAAACACACCACUGGUGGAAAAAUGCGCAUAUUCUCUUUAUGCAGAUUUUAGAAUAUUCACUUGCAAAUCUGUCGCCAAUUGGAUGGAAACCUAGCUACUGUCUGGGAUUGUUGUUGACUGUAGGUUUUUAUUUAAUCAGUGUCUGUGAUGCUGAAAAUCAAACGGUAAGAUCUCAUCCACUGUCAACAUGAUCAACCAGUUAUGAGAAGUUAGUUAAAGGGUUAGUGUACUGUGUAAUUCAAAAGCCAACAUUCAGAGGGAUUUUAAUUGAUUUAAAAAGCUGACCUAGUGGAACACUGUAUGCAACGUCUCUUCCUUUUUUCUUGCAAAUCCUAGUCGCUCGGUUUGCCAAAUCAGCAGCCAUAAAAAGAGGGAUAUGGUUAAACUGCCUGAGAUCAUGCAGACUUAAACCAUGGAACUUUUUCUCUAACCUCCUACUUUCUUCCUGCAAGUCGUGUCAUUGUGGUUUUCACAAUGGAGCCACAGAGGCGUCGACUAGACGAACAUGACGACAAAUGCUGAGAAAGGGGGGGGGGGGGGGGGGGGGAGAGGAGGAGAGUUACACAAGUGAAAUGUAAGCCUGGUAGUAAUGACUUACUCCUGUUUUAAAAGCGGGGAGAGUAGUGGAAGCAGCUGUCUUUCUCUCGCUGUGAGAGGUCUAAUUCGGAGACUAAAGGGUUCGAGCUUCAGCAGGUCUGUCAUUUUGAUCUGCUGCCUAAGCAGUGAGCAGUGCUUUUAUCUGAAUGCCAGUUUUUCCAAAUAGUCCUGUUGUGCCGAUCCUAUUUGUUCCAAACUGUGGCUCUCCAAAUGCAUUUUGAGUAGGAGUCACUGUCUAUUAUUAACACCUGUUUAAUGGAGCUCACUGUAUUUAGAAAGGCCAGGGAAUGACGAAUUAACCGUUUUAUGGAGAAGGGGAAUUCUGCUAUUGAAUGACAAGUACGUUAGCUUUUCAGUUGAAAAAGGGGGAAUUUUGCCUCGAAAUCAUCUGAAGUUCUUUGUCUGCUCUAGAGCCUCUUAUGACAGAAUGGAUAGUCCAGGAUGCAACAGUACUUCAGUUCUAUUUCCUGGUGAUGACGAUCCCCUUUUGAUCUCAAAUUUUCACAGGUAUCGGUUACGCCAUAAUCCGAUUGGGUUUAUUCGAUUUUUGUCUUUCAUUAAAUUACUUAGUGGUCAGAUGUUCCUUUCCGCUGAGGCUUCUCCUGUAUCCGAUUAGUCGUCCAGCCAGAAUGGCCAACUAGUCUUGAACAGCACCAUGGUUACCUGAGGAUGCAGCUGCUAGUCCCAGAUGGACCUUUUCUUUUUAUGGAUUAAAUACAGUAUUUAAAUAAUGCUUCUGGCCAACUGACGAAAGGAAUAGGGAGACUAUAGGUCUGUUUAUGUUACAUUUGGCCGAGCUGACAAUCUCAACGUGGAGGAUACAGGUCUGGGUAUGACGAGGACUAGUCUGUUUUACUGUUGUCUCCCCCCCCCAACAACACAAUGCAUUGGACUAUAUUACUCUGCAGAGCUCUUUGGUAUUAUAUUGUACUGAAAAUAAAUCCAGACACAACCUGGAUUUACUAUUUAGGAUUUUAUAUUAUAUACUGCACUUGGCCAACUGAAAAUAUCAACGUAGGGAUACAGGUCCGGUUAUGAGGUGGACGUCUGUUCUUUCGACCAAUCGACAUUUUAAAACGUGUAUUUUUCCAUAUACACACAACCUAUGUUUUUAAUAAUCAACAAAUAUGCAUUUAGCUUGUCUGAUGCUUUAAGUUCACUGUUUUAAUGAAAUAAGACACAAAUGACUCAAGGGAAGCCAGAGAUGUAGAUAACCAGAAGAUACAAAAUAAAAAAAACUCAACCUGUCACGACCACCCUCCUUCUGGCUUUCGUAGAUUCAGCCGUUACUCUCCUGAAGUUGCUGGUAAUAGGCUACACGAGGAGUCUGCGAACUUUCUCAUGUGGAAUGCCGAUUUAUCUUACAAUUUCUACCAAUCUGCGUGCCAGUUAUGGUUUUCAUAUGCACAUUUUCGUGGAAGAGUUUAAUUUCAUUUAUAAUAACGUCUUUGUAUCUCAAAAUCAUUGUCAUGUGGUGUGAAAAUUCUAUCUACAUGAAAAUGAUACCAACCUUUAAAAUUUACUUCCAACCACAGUAUGUAAAAAUAGGCUAUAUACCCAACUAAAAAUCUUUGCAGGUAGAAAAUAUCCAGAUUUUUAAAAUAAAUAUCCUAUCCAUCACAUUGGCUAUGCAUGGCCUGUCUGCAACGAACUUGAAACAUUGGGUAUUAACUUUGGUCCAGCCUAAUAAUCCUUCCAACAUUCUAUAAAAUAUUCUUGGCCCUCAGUUUCCUGCUCCAGUGAGCUCGGGACAGACACAGCUGUAGGCUAUUUGCGCAAGGGAUAAGAAGUAAUCAGGUAGGCCUAUUUUACGACUUUCCACUGGAUCAGAGCAUGACAUUUUUCCCUUUUCAUGCUGAGUGGUUAUCGAAAGGGAGAGCGCUGGAAGCUGUUUUUGAAGUGAAGAGAACAUAACUUUAAGAAGCUCCACAGCUCAUUAGUGGUGGUCCAUUAAGCCAAUCAGAAAUACUAUCAGAUCCCCAAAUGGGCACAUUUUAUAUGCCAACAUUUGCACGCAGGCCACGUAGCCUAUAGACUGACUUCUAUGCGUAAUCAGGUGCGUGUCCUUACUCAACAUUGACCGGAGCGUGCCAAACAAAAGAUAAUGAAUAAAUUGACAACUCUUAAAUGGAAUGAAAUAAACCAGAACUUGUUUCUCACAAGUGUAGCCUAGAUUGUGAGCUCUGCAAACAACGUGUCCACUCCUACAAUGAGAACGGUAAAAGACUGGGAAAAUAAUUUAUUGAAUGCAUUAACAGACAUUGACGUAACCAAACAAACAUUGUAGAUUAGGAAUUAAUAGUAAAUGUACUACUGGUGAUCUAUGUAAUGGGGAAUUGAUACACUAACAAUCAAACGCAAACAAUUCGCACAAUGAAAUUAUGAAACAAUGACUGUGCACCAAUUGGCGGGAGAGGGCGCAUUCUGGAGAGAGACGUGCGUGCAUUGUGCAGCCACACCCCCUUCUUCUUGGACUGUGCCAUCCCCGCGGCCUCCAUAAGGAUUAAUCUUGGCCUCCACAAUGGAUUAGUUCACUGAGAUGGGCGCAAAUAAGACGGGUGUCUCGUGUGCCAUAAAAAAUAUAUACAUAUUUGCUACUGCUCUACCAAAAAAAUUAAGUCGACCAACAGCCUAUCGACCAAACAAUCAACCAGUUGAAUAAUUGGGGUCAGCCCUAAUCCAGAUACAACCACACAUUAGCCUGGAAGAAGGGAAACACUAAAGCAGAAGUUGUAGGUUUGUGUAAAGCAUAAAUUCAAUAGUGGUGAAAUCUGACAACCCUUUACAAUGACCAGGCUCAACCCUAGAUAAUGUUUAAAAAGCUAUUUUAGGUUAAUCUUCUCUGUUCAAUCUGGGUCACACCACCCAGUCAUUACCAUAGUUGACAGAGCGUGUGCUGUUUCUGCCGAGUCAGAUACAGAGAGAUACAGGCAUCAACAGAAUCAGCCUCUUGUCUCAGACACAUUUCCGCUGUUACUGAGGACCUUUGUUUGUGUUCGAGGAAGAUGUGAGUUUUUCCACAAUUGGGUAGCAGGACAUUGUGCACUUGAGAGAGAGAGAGAGAGAGAGAGAGAGAUUUUCUAUGACACUGAACUGAAAGGCAUAAUUUACACAUUUUACAUUACCCAGGACAGUCAAGGUUAUAUACAUUUCAGCUCUGUGUGUCUUGUUUGACCAUUUUGUUUUCUCUUGCCAGGUUUCAUGACUCUGAAGACCCUCUUGUUGACAAAACACUGUCAGAUGGUAGUGAUGGCCAGCACACCAGGACCACACCACCAACACCUUUAAGUUUAAAGGUGCAGUCCACAUCCCCUGCCCGAGUCAGAUCCUCAACAGAACCUGGAGCCAGGACUACCAAGGGCCCUGAUCUUAAAGGUGCUCUCCUGACCAAGUCACCCAAACCAACAGAGCCACCCUUCAUUGGUGACAGCUACUACAGUGAAGAUGCCCCACCUCGAACAGUGAGUUGAACUUCCCUUUUCUGCACUCUUCCUGUUCUUUUACUUGAUGUUUGUUGUGAUUGCUGUCUACUUCAGAGACCUUAGAAGGCCUGUGGUCUACUUGUGGUCCUCUGUAGCUCAAUUGGUAGAGCAUGGUGCUUGUAAUGCCAGGGUAGUGGGUUCGAUCCCCGGGACCACCCAUACGUAAAAAUUGAUGCACACAUGACUGUAAGUCACUUUGGAUAAAAGCGUCUGCUAAAUGGCUUAUUAUUAUUAUUAUUAUUAUUAUUAUUAUUACUUGCAGUCAAUGCCGACUGAUUUGGAGAAAGGGCUGAGGGUUGUACUUUCAGACACGUGGGGGGCUGUGCAUGGAGGCACUUUAAAAAUAAUGCCCCACUCUGCUACAAAAUAAGGACUAUGGAUAUUUGUAAACUCAGUCAGAUGACAUGUGUGGUACUCUUGUUAACCACCAGAUUACACAAACCAAAAGGUAAUCAAAGUGUAAUUCAUACAGCCAUUUGAUAUGCUCUGGGCCAUCUUAAGCCAUCUCAAUAUUACCUUGUGUGGAAAUCAGCCCAGUUCUAUAAUUACCUUCAUGUAACUAUAGGUCUGCACGGUAAAAUUACACAAUUUCAGUUUUCAUCUUCUUUCUGAUGUUGAUGAAUGACUUCAUGUUCUAUAAGGACGUGGGUUGGUGUUUGCGUGUGUGUGAUGUCUAGUUCGAUGAAUGCCAGUGAAAACGGGCUGGUGUUUUUUUUUUUUUUGCCCGUGUACCAUGAUGAAUAUAUUCCAGGUCUCCCAGACUGUGUUCUCUUGCUCGACCCUCUUUGUCAACACCAUAUAAUAAUGUUUAUGGGCUCCCGAGUGGCGCAGCGGUCUAAGGCACUGCAUCUGUGAUUGAGGCGUCACUACAGACCCCCUGGUUCGAUUCCAGGCUGUAUCACAACCGGCCGUGAUUGGGAGUCCCAUAGGGCGGCGCACAAUUGGCCCAGCGUCGUCUGGGUUUGGCCGGUUUUAGGCCGUCAUUGUAAAUAAGAAUUUGUUCUUAACUGACUUGCCUAGUUAAAUAAAGGUUAAAUAAAAUGUUGUAGUGUCAUCACAUGGUCUACCAAGACAAGGAAAUAAAAAAAAUGUAUUUCCUCAUGUCGUGACGUGACUUUCAUUAAUCUGAUGACUGUUAUUUAUCAAAUCAACCAACUGUUUAAUUGUCACUUGAUUAAAUGAAUCAUGUAACGAUUAACUCAUUAGGAAUUUGGGGCACCACAGAAGAAGUUGUUUAAUGAGUUACCAUCUCACAAAUUAAACUCUUAGAUAGAUAUAUCUUCUAUCUAUCUUCUAUCGAUAACAAUCACUUAUUAAAUCGUUACCUCUUAUCAGUCUCAUUCUGAACGUCGCAUAAUCCUUGAACCUGCAAGAAUUGAUGAAUCAGCAAUAGACAAAUUGGCUUAAUAUAACACAGAAUACAUAAACACACACACGGUAUAUGUUAUUGAUUACUAACGUAAUACAAUGAAAACUGGUCCCUAGUGGACUAACAGCAUGACUGCUGGGUUAGGGGAAGGAGGGGUCAAUAGAAAGAGAGUGAAAGGGAGAGACAGAGAUUCAACUUAUCGUUGUUACAUUUGGAAACCACCGCUCGUUCGGAUAACAAAUGCAAUGCAUAUUUAUGCGUAGCUGUCCUUGAUCGUCGUCUCUCUGUUGAACCACUUUCUCAAAAACGGUUUGAGUGUCCUAUCCCACUUUGGUGAGACUCGGCUUGUCUUCGAAUGGCGUGUUCGUUAGAAUAGGUACUUCAGAUGUACCAACAGUUGUCUGAGACAGGAUUGUCCUUCCCAACUCGUGUAUUUUAGUGAAAGUUCUAGACUACUUUACAUUCCGGCGGCAGACUGGUAAUGUGAGUUUCUGCUUCUUGUGUAGAGAUUGAGAGUUUCAGAGUUUCUCACCAUUUCAUAUACUCCUGAGUGGCGCAGUGGUCUAAGGCAGUGCUAACUGUGCCACUAGAGAUCCUGGUUCGAAUCCAGGCUCUGUCGCAGCCGGCCGCGACCGGGAGACUCAUGGGCGGCGCACAAUUGGCCCAGCGUCGUCCAGGGUAGGGGAGGGAAUGGCCGGCAGGGAUGUAGCUCAGUUGAUAGAGCAUGGCGUUUGCAAUGCCAGGGUUGUGGGUUCGAUUCCCACGGGGGGCCAGUAUAAAAAAAAAAAAUUCUAUUCACUAACUGUAAGUUGCUCUGGAUAAGAGCGUCUGCUAAAUGACUAAAAUGUAAAUGUAAAAUUUCAAACGUGUGGACUAACGUCUCACGUUCUUAGAGUGUCAACCAUUUGUAACGUUCAGCUCCCGCUGCACGUCUGCUGGUCUUUCUGGUCAAACCAUUUUUAAGCCGUGUAGCCACAGCUCCACGCUUCCUGGUCUGCUGGUCCAAAGUUCUAACCAUUUUAAAUGUGCAGUCUCCACUCCAUGUUUUCUGGUCUAAUGUAAAUUUAGUUACCAAGGCUUUUAUCCUCGGGUAAAAAGGGGGUGUUCCAUUACGCCGACACAAUUCUGGGCUCACUUGGGCAUGGUUACUGACUGGGCAAAAGUUCUAAUGAGAAAACGAUUAUCUCAUUAGAAGGCUAAAAUCACAUUGCUGUCGUAACCAAAAUACUCAAUCAUAUAUUUGAUACAACAUUUAGAUGUAAACUUGACAAGUAAAAUAUGUACACUUUCGACGUUAGUUAUUUCUUGAUACCAUCCUUAAUGGCAUCACAAAAUAAUAAACAAUAUGACCAUGAUUAUUCUUUAGAUCCCCACUGACCAUUCCAACCAUUUGGUUGUCAGAAAUUAACGUCAAAAGUUUUGACAUUUGAACAUUGAGUUUUUAGGUGGGCCACACUCUCUCUAGACAAAGGUAUUCCUUUGGUGGAUACUGAAAGGCAGAGGGAGAGUUUCUCUCCUGCUUAAAUUUACGUUAGAUACAGGGCUGUAGCUAAAUAUGAGGGGAACCUUAAGCCAUGUCCAUAUUACGUUGUGUGGAAAUCAGCCCAGUUAUAUAUUUAAGCAAUAAGGCCCGAGGGGGGUGUGGUAUAUGGCCAAUAUACCACGGGUAAGUGCCUGGAUACAGCCCUUAGCCGUGGUAUAUUUUCCAUAUACCACAAACCCCUGAGGUGCCUUAUUGCUAUUUUAAACUGGUUACCAACAUAAUUAGAGCAGUACAAAUAAAUGUUUAUAGUUUAUGUAACUGCAGGUCUGCAUGGUAAAGUUACACCAUUAGUUCAGUUUUCAUCAUGCUGAUGUUGAUGAUUAACUUAGUGUUCUACAAGGACGUUGCGUGCGUGGGAGUGUGCUGGUGUUUUUUCCCAUGUACCAUGACGAUGACAGGAUAUGAAGUCAUAUUCCAGGUCUCCCAGACUCUGUUCUCUUGCUCUACCCUCUUUAUGUCAUCACCAUAGAAUAAUGUUGUAGCGUCAUCACAUGGUCCUCCGAGACAAAGAAAUUAUAGUUUUAAAUCUCUGUGCUGAGUUAAUGUGUAGCGGCUAAUUGUAUAGCUAAUAGGCUAUGUGUUUGUAGAUGGACUGAGGUGAAUGAAGCUACAGCAACCAACGUGAUAAAGGCUGGGGUCAUUUCUGCUUGUUUUUGCUGUUCUCCAAAUAUCAUUUUAGAGUUAGAAAUUGUAUAGAAAUGCAGUAAAUGAGCUUCAACUUUCUGAACGGCAUUCCCUCCAGGACUGUCCAGACGGUAUUCGUAGCAGGGUGCCCCAGACAGACUUUGGGGUGAGGUAUCUGGAUAGGAUCCCUGUGCUCCAGUGGGCCAAGCAUGCCACUCCAGAACAGUACCAGCGCCUCAGACUGUACCCAGGGACUCACGGCUGGGCAAACCUCGACUAUAACAGUAAGUACUUUCAAUACAUGUUGACAUGACUGUCGUUUCAAUGCAUUACUUCACACCAAAUAUUUGUAGAAAUGUGCGGACAAAUCAUGUUAACAUGAAUAGGUACACCGACAAAUAAUUUAGUUAUACAACAUUGGCUACAGGAAGAGAGACAGACAGUGCAUGGUGUUAGUGUGGGUGACUGUCUUAACUACUGUGCCCAAUGCUCCAUGGUCAUCUCAAUAAAGAUUUUAUAUGGCUUCAGAGAUUGGACACACAACCCUUUAUGGUCAGUCAAUUGAGUACAUCUGCACCUCUUCACAGAUGCAUGGGAAUCUCUUAUCAGCUCACAUCAUUAUCUAGAAGAGUUCCAUUGUUUUUUUUACCCCAUAGACUUUACCCACGCCUAGCUGCAGGCCCCAUCUGUUAUUUCACAGCUAUUGUGACAAGACACCGACAGUUGAGUGUAGCAGUCGUUCAUUGGAAAUUUGCAUGAGGCAAAGAUCUCUGGCAGAGAGCCAUUGGUUGGCUCUCUUUUGAAUAUUGUUUUAUUACAUUGGAAUACAUUUAUUGCCGCAGCUCUGGUAUCGACCCUAUCUGUUCUCAACACAUCAGCCAACUGGCACAUGUUUGAUGACUGGGAGCGUCGUAGCAACGGCUCACAGUGUGUCCGCUGUGCCGUCGUGGGCAACGGAGGGAUUCUGAAGGAAUCGAAGAAAGGCCGGGAUAUUGACCGUCAUGACUAUGUCUUCAGGUAAGACGCCAUCUUUGUCCUUGUUUAGUCUUGACCUCCUCAAUAGCCUGCGGGGUUGGUUAGACCUUGUUAAGAGGUUCCUUGGAAUGAGCAUUACCAUGUUAAUGACGUUUACCUUCAUCCUGUGUGUCAUUCAGGAUGUUCAAGGGCUCCUCAAGAGUGUUGAAUGAAGCAUGCGUCUGGUUUCUGUGGUUACCUGAGAGUCUGUGGUCAUUGACAGUGUUCAUGUUCCUUCAUGCUGCUGUUGUCAUUGACAGUGUUCCUUCCUAUGUGUCCUGGGUUCUAAUUGGUCAUCACAGUGUUCCUGUGUUGUAUAAUAAUUUUGGGGGGUGCUUAUAUUGACAUUUGUUUGGUAAAAACAGUAGGAUAAAUACACAUGUAGGUCAAGUCCAUUCCAUUCUCGCUUUUUUCUCCUUUUCUUUUAAGAGCUUUGUCACAACGGACCAUGUAAUGGAAAUGUUUUUCUUUGUGCAUAUCUCAGCUCCCCCUGAGACACCCGCAGGGAGUGGGGUCACGGCCAGGGUCGCCAUUGUACAGCGCCCCUGAAGCAAUUAGGGUUAAGUGCCUUGCUCAAGGGCACAGCGACAGAUUAUUUUUCUCCACCUUGUCGGCUCCGAUAUUCGAACCAGCAACCUUUUUAAUUGGUAAUAGACAGUGUUCUGUUUCAUGCUUCGGUUGUGACUCCAGGACCAACGGAGCUGUGAUUAAAGGCUUUGAGCAGGAUGUGGGCUCUAGAACGUCACUCUACACAUUCUCCACCAACACCCUCCGUAACUCUAUGAAGAACUACGCCGGAGCGGGCUACAGAGGACCACCGUUCUCUGAGGUGAGAACUUCUGUGAUCAAAUUUUAUUUGUCACAUGCGCCGAAUACAACCGGUGUAGACCUUACAGCGAAAUGCGUACUUACAAGCCGUUAACCAACAAUGCAGUUUUAAGAAAGAAUACCCCCAAAAAUAUUUUUUUAAAUAAAACAUCACUCAAUACUAUAUAAAAUAAUAUGAAUGAUGAUGGUGGUUCACGAUCAAAUUUACACACUGGGAAUAAACCAAUCCAUCCAUUCUUUAAUUCAUUGACAGACAAACUCUUAAGUUAUUUUUUUUUUAAUAGUCUGAUCAUGUUGUAUUCCCCCCCCCCCUCCCCUCACUUUCUCUCUCUUUUUAUCCUGUAGGAGACACGGUAUGUCUUCCUGCCAGACCAUGACAGGGAUUAUCUGCUAAUGAAAGCAGCCGCCACACACACUCCAGUAGAGAGAGGACCAGAGAGGAGCAAAACGUAAGAUAUCAGAUUGGUUCACAUACAUGGAGGCAGUUUUGAUUUCAUUCCCCAACACAGCGUCUGUGGAUUGCCAUUGUAAUUGAACACCCUCAAUGUCCAAGUAUUCCUUCUUUAUUUACAAAUGUGUGUUCUAUACUGUUAUCCAUAUUUGUUUCCUCAUGCAGCUUGUGAAAAUAAGCUACUUUUUUGUAAAUUGUAUUUUAAGGCCUCCCUCAUACUUCGGAGGAAAUGUGACCGUAGAGAAGUUUAAGAUGUACCAUCCAGAUUUCAUACGCUACAUCAGAAACAGGUGUGUAAAAGAGGGGAAAAUAAGUGUUGUCUUAGUACAAAGCACAAUCUUUAGGAUAGUUGUUGUGGCUAUUCCGAAUCACAGCUGAGCUCUGAUUUCACACACCUGGACAAAGGUAUUUAAAAAAAAAAAGAUUAUGAAGUCGAACUGUUUUGGGUGGGGAGCCACUUUAUGACAGAGCGCACUUCCCACAAUGACUAGCGGUCAUCUGAUGAGGUUCCAAUAAUAUAUGGAACGUGUGUGUGUGUGUGUGUGUGUGAACAUUUUGAAUUGAAAUGGAACUGAUCCCAACCCUGGUCGAGUGCCAGUGUCCGUUUUUAUCUCCAUAUCGAAUAAUUUCAAUUCAUUACCUUAUUGUGAUUUUUGUUUCUUUUUGACCAUUUUGAAUUGAAAACCAAAAUAGCUUCUGAGCAAAGAGCAAUUUCUCAAGCAAGGAUUUAGCUAGGAAUGUCUGGGAGUGGUCUGAGUAGGGAGGGGAAAACUGAACUGUUAUGUUUGGAACUCUCUUAUUGGUCUAGUAACUCAUUUACCGCCUGGUGAUGUCACCAAGCAGGCAAAAACUCCAUCCCACCAAAAGUAUUUUCUCUAACACUAUAAGGGCAUUAUUCUACUGUGACUCCGUUCGGGUGCGUACUGAUGAGGACAGUGUUGUGUAGUGUUAGUUUUCCUCACAACAAGGAAAAGGUGGCAGCCAAGUGUGGUCUGUCCAACACCUUUCUCCAACGAGUGCAUUUUAGGACCGGAUAAACUUCAUUGUCCCUGAAAUAACAUUUUCUUGGAUACUAUUUUAAUGGGUUGUUUUUGAAGUAAAUGUGUGGACCAGCAGUAUUGUUAAAUGUUUUUUGUUUUAUGGAGUAGGUUCCUCCGGGCCCAUGCCAUGCAGACCAAAUACAAGGACAUCUACCGUCCAUCAACAGGUGCUGUGAUGCUGCUGGCUGCGGUGCACACCUGUGACCAGGUAUGGUACGACCCACCAGUGACUAGCCAUUUUAAACAAUAACUGGUAAGCUUACAACUCUCUGGACAUGACUGCACUGGCCUUCCAGUUGGACAGUAUUUACUCUGACCCUGAUAACCUUCAAAAGCCUUGUAAAACAGAAAUACAAGUACAGGUAAUUAAUCAUUGUUCUUGAGGCAUGGAACACUUGACAACUAAAGACUGUGACUGCAAAAACUGAUUCCCCCCCCCCCCCCCCCCCGUUUCUCUCUCGUUCUUGCUCUCGUCUGUUGUUUGAAAACAGGUGAGCGCGUACGGCUUCAUGACUCCAGACUAUAUGAACUACUCUGACCACUACUACGACAGCCAGUAUCACCCAGUGGGUUUCUUCAUCAACCAUGACCUGAGGAUGGAGAUGACACUGUGGCAGCAGCUCCACCAUGCAGGCCUCAUCACACUGUACAUGCGCCAGUGA